UCGAACUAUGCUGAUAUGGGCUGUUUUAGUAAUAAUAAAUGGACUCGCUGCCGCAACCUCACCACCACAGGGAGGUCAGUCUUUACUGAUGCCACAAAAUAUAACUGAGGGGACGCCCGUGUCACUGCCAUGUCGACUGUCAGGAAGAAUCAACUGGUUUAGAGGUGCAAAGCAGAUCAUAGGUGACCCGAGAAGACAAAUGGACAGACACGGGAAUCUUCACUUUUCGUACGUGGAUGUAUCAGAUACUGCAGUGUAUAAAUGCAGUCGUGCUAGUAACAGCAAAGUGAAACUGGUCAAUCCUGUCCAUUUGAACGUCAUAAAAGCCGCAGGCAAAGUCAAGGACGCCAUGCCCAAGCUCCAAUACUCAAGUGGGACAACACAUGUUACACUGGGACAGGACGUAACACAACAGUGUAUCUUCAGCGGCAGACCCGUUCCAGUUGUAACCUGGUACCACGAUGACAAUCAGAUCACGGAAACUGCUCGUGUGAAACUAUCAUUUACCUCCGUAACAAUCAAGAACAUGUCUGAGGAGGACACAGGAACAUAUCGAUGUAUUGGCAAAAACACUGUCACUUCAAACUCUCACGUUGUCAAUUUAACUUUACCAGUCCAACCAAACGCUGAGCUGUCCACGACACCUGCUGAGCAGAAUGACGACACGACAGCAGGCAAGAUAUGCAUCUUUUAA